GGUGUGAAACGUUCUUUAGAGCAUGUUGUUUUUGGAUUUGUUGUGGAUGUAAAUGGAUUUGUUUUUGGCUUCAUUUAGCUAUAAACAAAAAGCUACUAUUCCAUUUUAUUUAAAUUCAAUACCGGAAGCUGCAAUGCAAGCGUCUUCACGUGUUCUUUUGACGACUGAAAAUUUGCUAGCCUCUGUUUUAAACAAAAUCCAUUGAGGGAUAUCGGGGAAUUUUUCCAGUUUGGUAAACGUAGACGAAUUUCUUUCAAAUAUAUGGACUUAAACGUUACGAAUAACUUACGUGCAUAAAUAUUUUAAGACGGUAAAUUAAAGGUGCGGUGAUCAGCCUUCCACACCAUCGGGAACAAUGAGCUUGAAACGGCAAAUACGCAGUGCAGGAGUUCGAUCCACCGACCAUCUUCUUCAGGGCGCCGAUAGACGAUCGAUGAGUGGUGACCGACCACGCUCUCAGAAAUCUUUCAGAGGUGAUGCAAGGUCGACCAAAAGUCAAUCUAGGUCGUCUGUUCUUGAUACCAGGUCACCCAGAGAGCGUUUAUCUGGCGACAAGUCAAAUGACGACCUCCACGAAAAAACGAAAGAAGCCCUUGGCAAUUUAAUAGUGCGAAAAGAUGAAUUGGAAUCAAAAGGCAUAGAGACAGAAAUAAUGUAUAAAGAGCUGAUGAACUGUGUCUCGCCCUGGCGCCGAAAGAAAUUGCUGCAAGAAUCUGAAGAAUCGCAGGCAGCUCUAGACGACGCGUUAAAAGCUGCUGAUGAGCUGCUGAAGCAGUCGAAAGAGGCAUUCGAUGCCUACCAAUCGCUGAAUGACAGCAAAAGGAAAGAUGCCGCCGCCGGCGACCUCUUCUGGAAAUCCAAAGUGAUGCAUAAGACGCUGACGUCCUGCAUUCAGGUGGCCUGCAACGCCGAAAGUGCCCGCGACCAACUCGCUUGGGCCGACAAAAUGAGCAAAAUCAUGAACUCAAUGAUGGCAAUAUUCCAAAUACUUGAUGAUCUAAAACAUCAGCUAUCAAAAGAAAGGGCGCUGACCAAGUCGCUGACCUCACUGGUGCAGCGCGAGGACGGCCGGCCGCUCGACCUGCGCACCGUCACCGGCCGCGGCGACGAGGACGUGGCGCUGCUGCUGGCGCGCGCCGGCGCCGGCGCCGACCGGCCCGCCCAGUCCGCCGACCUGUUCCCCAGCCGCUGGAGCUUCAUCAGCGGCGGCCGGCUGUCGCUGCUGCUGGCGGCCGGCCUGGUGGCCGCCGGCGGCUACUGGGCGGCCGAGGCCGCCGGUCACCGGCCCGCCGAGCUGCUGGCGCGCCUGCUGCGCUCCUGGGAGCGCCUGCUGCUGCCGGCGGUGGCCGUGGCCGAGCCGUCGUGGCUGGAGUCGGCCCAGCUGUGGAUGGUCAGCCUGUUGUACAGCCUCGUCUGCUGGGUGCCGGGGCUGUGCAGCGAGGCGCCCACCAGCUGGACGCCGCUGGACGCCCUGCUGCGCCCGACCGUGUAGCUUGCCUCCCAGCAGCAGAGCUCGCCGGCGGCUCCGAACGCGCGGUCCCCGUCAACGUCAAGUCUGAAAGCUACCGAAGUCCCUGUCCAUAAACUGUUUCUAAUAAUGAUGCAAAUUGAUCUAGGUAAAAAUAUAAUUUCUCAGUACGACAAA